AUGAACACGUGCGUUAUAUCCGAUCUGCCUCCUCUCAACAACUCAUCGUCUUUGCGUUUUUUUACCAUCCUCGCAUCGAAAGAAGGGGCGCUGGCGAAAAAAAACACAUCGUCGUCGUUCUCCUUGGAAGACGUGGAAGAGGUGGAAGAAGAGGAGGAGGAAUUUAACGACGAGGAAGAAGAAAUAGAUGAGGAGGAGGAGGAGGACGACGACGACGACGACGAGACAGAACGACGAUGGAUGGAAGACGAGAGGAUAACGAACGCGACGCGCAUCGACGUGCGCGAGUUGACCGAUACGCUCUACGACGAGAACACAAACGAAAUAAACUUAACCACCGCGCGAAGUAAAUCGUAUUUGAAAAAAAUACAAAUGCAAGGGGGAAGCAGCAACCAGAGCACGGAAGAAGAGAGCAAGAGUUGUUCCAAGGAAGUGCGGGAGGAGGAAAGAACUCUGAUCAUUUUUUAUGAGCCAGCAGAAACGAGCGAAGAAGACGAAGAGGAAGAGAAGAAUACAUCAGAUAAAGAUGCAAAUAACAAUGAUACUAAUACUAAUAGAAGUGAGAAGAACGAAAACAACGCUCGUCGUCGCGCUCGUCGUCGACAACGAAAUAGGUCCGUAUUCGUUCCGUUUUACAUCGCGCACGUGUUCAGAAGAUGUGGGCACACGGGGCCGAUAAAAGUGCUCCUGAAGGAGGAGAAGAAGAAGAAGAGGCGAGGGUCGACGAAAGAAGAAGACGAAGAGGAAGAGGCGAGGAGAAGCGUUUCCUCGGUCUCGGGAAUAUACGAUGAAAGGAUAGCAUCGGUGUAUGAUUUGUUGCAAAAUUUAACGACGCAGCGACUUCAAGUUAUCGAUACGCGCUCGGAAGCUUUGUUUCUCGGUAAAGUGCGCCGGGGGGCGAAGACUGGUCCUUCUUCAAAGAACGGCGGCGUCGACAGAGCCGGUCACAUUCCAAGCUCUAUAAAUGUACCUCACUCGCGAUUGCGACCGUUUGAUAACGAACAUAAUAUUGCGAUAUUUGAAGAUCGUGGGGUUGAUAUGAGCGCCCCUUGCGCAGUUAUAGGCGAACAAAGGUGUUCAAGUGCGCCUUUCGUGGCGGCUAUGUUGGAAAACCUUGGCUUGAAAGAAGUCUUCAUCGUCGAAAGCGGGGUGCGCGCGUGGAGGUGCGAGGAUGGUGGUUCCUAUCCUUUAUUCAAUCCAAGGACCGACAGCUCAUCCAAGGGUCGAGUUCUCGUUUGGAGCGUCACGAGAGGACGUUCAACGGCUUUAGAGCGAGCUUUCGCGCAGCACCCAAAAAUCAUGGUCAUGCACGAACUUUUGACCGAACCGUAUUUGAAAGAAAAUACGCCAGACAAUUACGAAAAGAUAAAAAAUGGACAGCAGACAUUAAACGUAUCCUCGAGCGGUUGCUCGUAUGCGUCCGUGAUGGAACUCAUGAUGACUGAUUAUUCCUCGCAAGGAAAACCAUAUUAUUUAUGCAAAGAGCUCUCUUGUUAUUUCGAUGAGGAGAAGUGCACCGAUGAAUGGCUUCUAAGCUUUCAUCACGUCAUUCUGGUUCGAAACCCAAGCGAUGCGCUGAAAUCUUUCUAUCGAGUAGGUCUCAAUAAUGCAGUUGCGGAAUCGUUAUAUUUCGAUCCGUCUGAAUCUGGAUUCAAAGAGUGUCAAAAGAUUGUGGAGAGAUUGGAUAGGAUUAAAGGAAAGUAUAUGGUCGUGGACGCUGAUUUAGAUUUAAUGGCUAAUCCGGAAGGGACUCUGAAGCAGAUUUGUGCGUUUUCCUCGAUUGCGUUCAGUAAAAAUAUGCUUUCGUGGGAACCGAAAGAACUCGAUUCCUGGAAAAAGUUCCGCGGCUGGCACACCGACGCCGUCAACUCAACGGAAUUAAAAGCACCAGUACGGAGCGAAUCUUUCGAGCUAGCAGACUAUCCGAAAGAAGUGUUCACCGCCGUCGAAGAAGCCAUGCCGUACUAUACUUUCUGCAUAAAAAGAAGAUGA